UAUCUUUUAUUACACCAGUGGGCCUUUGGUGUUCUUUCCCCCUUCCCUAGAACCACGCGGCCCAAGCAGACAGAGUUCUCAAGAAUAUGCAGAAGGGAAAGCACCUUCAAUAGCCUCGUGUUAAAAGUUCUGUCUGGAGUGAGGCAGUCUGAACCCCAAGCUCCCUCCACCCAGCCAUGUCAGAGGCCCCACAUCACCCGCAGCAGGAGGUGGCAUGAAAAAUCUUACAAAAACUGAAAGUGAAAUCAGGAAGGCCGAUUGAGCAAUCCAUGGAAGGACAGAGCCAGAGAACCUACUUCAGGAUAGCAAAAGAUGGAGAACAGAGAAAGUCAGGAGAGAGCUCCUAGGGGAUCCUCCACAGACACAGAUGACAGGAAAUGACCCACCCCUGUGGUCACUUACUCCAAAGGCACAGACCUUCAGCGUGCUCCUCGUGGAAUGGAUGAGUCUGCAGAGACCCAGCCACCGCUCCCUUCCUUUUGCCCUGAGAAAGGAGAAGAAAUGAAAGUAGGGGGUGUUUCCAUCACUCCGCAGAAGGAGUGUGCCUGGGUUGGGAUCUGCAGGGAUGGAAGGCUGCUGACUGCAACUCUCCUGCUGGCCCUGUUGUCCAGCAGCCUCACGGUGAUGUCCUUGUACCGGUUUGCUGCCCUGCAAGCCGACCUGAUGAGCCUGCGCGCGGAACUGCAGCGCUACCGGGCUGCAGCAGCACCGGCCGCCCCAGGGGCUCCCGGGGCCCCCGCAGGAGCCAAACUCCUGGCACCGGCAGCUGCGCGAGCCCACAACUCCAGCUUCGGCCACAGGAACAGACGCUCUUUUGAGAGUCCGGAGGAAACAGUCACUCAAGACUGUCUGCAACUGAUUGCAGACAGUGCCACGCCGACCAUACGAAAAGGAUCUUACACAUUUGUUCCAUGGCUUCUCAGCUUUAAAAGAGGAAGCGCCCUGGAGGAGAGAGAGAACAAGAUCGUGGUGAAGCAAACGGGUUACUUCUUCAUCUACAGCCAGGUUCUAUACACAGACACCAUCUUUGCCAUGGGGCACCUCAUCCAGAGGAAAAAAGUGCACGUCUUUGGGGACGAGCUGAGCCUGGUGACCCUGUUCCGAUGUAUUCAGAAUAUGCCAAGAACACUACCCAACAAUUCCUGCUACUCAGCUGGCAUAGCGAGAUUGGAAGAAGGGGAUGAGAUUCAGCUCGCAAUACCUCGAGAAAAUGCGCAGAUCUCCAGAGACGGAGAUGGCACCUUCUUUGGGGCCCUAAAACUGCUGUGACCCCCACUUCCUGGACUGCGGCCCCUUCCCUCCUUUCUCCUGGACCUCCACGAGAAAAAUGAACAGCUGGAAAUAUCAAAAGACGGGGAAGUCACCGCCCAAACUUUCCUUGGGAGCCGUUUAGUUUGCUUCACUGAAACUGGUCCAAAACAGGAGAUUUAACGGACAACCACGACCAAAACUUAUCAUGUGGAUUACGAGAAAUGCAGCCCGUGGUCUGGUAGUCAUAAAGACAGGACCCAGAAGGCUGUGCUCUGCAGUCCGUGUCAACAUGGCCAAUGCCCUUGCUUCUCAUCUUGGGAAACACACAGUUCAGAAAGCAGGAAGAUUUCCUCAGAAGAGGACUCCGCAGUGAGCAGAGGGUCCAUUCGUAUCUGUAGUCGCUGAAACAUUCCUGCAAAGUCUCAGGAUUUAUCUUUGGGACUCCGCAGUGAGAGGAGGGUCCAUUCGUAUCUGUAGUCGCUGAAACAUUCCUGCAAAGUCUCAGGAUUUAUCUUUCUUUUCACUUAAAUAGACUCUUCUUUUUUCCAGUUAAUACUAGGGAAAUUUUUGCUUGUUUGUUUUUAAAUCUAGGUGUCUUGAACUAGUCAUAGACAAAAAUACUUAGAGGCUCAACUUUGGACAUUUUAAAAUAAACUUAAUUUAAGAUGUUUAAACUUCAAAUAAUUGGAUAGAAAAGUGCUAACUAUUGAAGUUUUCCUGGUUCAGGUCAAGUGUGCUAUUGUUUCUCAAACCUUAUCGACGUCUUUUUCAUGGGAGGAAGGCAGUCUCUCAUUUUGGAUCACAUGUGUAUUUUGUAAUAACGCUCAGUUGCUUUGUAAAACGUUAUCGCAGACACCAUCUGAUGAGCACACAGAACCCAUAAUGCAAAACUGUGGUCAUUCUCACCAAACCCCAAGUCGAGGACGCCUACUGUGAAACUGCGGUCAUGCCCACUAAACCCUCACAUCGAGGCCGCAUCUGUAGCAGAGGAAUGAAUGCACUGUGCCUAUGUCCAGUCUCAUUGCAUGCUGCUGCUGCUGCUGCUGCUGCAGUUCUUGUGAUGCAGCCCUGCAGGAAGAUCUGCCUUAUUUGCUCUGUAAUCAUUGAGCAGAGUUCAUAGCAUCUGGCCUCAUACAAGGCACAUACAUGCUCCCAUGAUAACUGUGCCUCAGGGGGUUCCUCACAGAGAAUUGCACUUCACAGAGCUGUACAUGCAUCUCUCGUGGCGUCUGCUUCCUGUGUGUUAGGUCUUGUGUGUCAUUAGUUGCUCCCACUGGAUGCUUCACUUCACUAAAGAGGAAAUGGAAGAAGAGACAUCUAUUUCCCCAUCGACCUUAAAACAGUGUAAAGAUGACCUUGCCACAACACAGGAAACAAUUCGAAUCUGUAUCACAAAUCUAAUGUUGCUCAACUCUCCGUUUUCUGUAUCUUUUGUUUUGGGGGUUCAAGUGAGAUGAACUUGGAAGUUUAUUUUGUUUUAUAAAACAGUAAUUAGAAAGCAGAAGUGGUUGGUGAGAAGGGCAUUGACUCAGAGGAACGGCUAGCGAUUUCCAUGGCGUUGCUGCUAAGGUUGAUUGCCAAAUAAAACCACUGU